UUCAAAUUUACCCCUUCAAUAACCUUUCUUGCUGGCUAGUUUUUAUCAUAGUUGAGUCGCAUAAUUUUUACCAUUCUCACUCUCUUACCUUCAAUAUUCAAGUGAUCCGUUGGAGUUAGUAAGCUAUAAAGAUGCAUAGAUCCGCAAGCUGGACCAGGGCGGAUGAGUACUAUGCGUCGUCACCGUCGCCCUCAAAGGGCCCGUCGGGGCUGCGAAUGUCGGUGUCAUUCUUCCAAGGGAGUGAUAGUCAGCUGCCGAUUUAUGAUCCGCCCAUAGCCGAGUUGGCCAAGAAGGAAAAGGCUCGCGUCAACUUUGCCGAGAAUGCUGUCCAUGUUAUCCCCUUUGUGCUUCUUCUAUGCGCUUUCAUUCUUUGGUUUUUCUCUAAUCCAGAUGUAGAUGUGAGGAUGAAGGAUCCAAUAGCAGCAAAAAGUAUUGAAGGACUGACAUUAGAGGGGGAGAUUGAGAACGAUAGCGAUGGCACUCAAACAGGAGCUCUACCCAUUGUCGAUUUGGGACUAGACACCGAUCCAACAAAGCAAACCAAAUAUAAAAGAUAGAGCUUAUUGCACGAAUUGCAGAACAAAAUUGCAGACUAUAUAUAGUUAUAUACAGAGAUGCAACUGUGACGAUUACUUCUGGAAGUUAAUUGGGUGCAAUGAAAUAACAAAUGUACUUUUGGUUUUGUAUUUUCCCAUACAUUGUUCUGAAGCCAAAUUUAUUGAUGCUUUUUUGGUAAUGUAAAUUUAUGGAGUACAUUAGCUAAAUUAAAGAAAAAAUAUUUUUCCAA